GAGAAUAAUCUACUUGUUUUAGCAUGGAGCCCGUUUGUUUUCUUUUAGAGAGCCAGUAUGUUUGUCCAUUUGAGUAAUUUUGGGGAGAUCAAUGCAUAUCUUGAGCCGCAAAUGCCAUGAUGAUUGUGCAACGAAGCAGGUUGUUGUUGUUUAGAGUAUUACGUCACUUUGUGCCCCGGUCUACCCUCUCCUCUCCUUCCAAGAUGGCGAACGAAGCCGAACAAAAGAAUCUCAAACCUUUUCCGCAUUUCGGAACUUUGGCGAUCCAUGCUGGCCAAGAACCCGAACAGUGGAAUUCUAGGGCAGUUGUGCCACCGAUUUCGAUGGCUACAACAUUUAAACAGGAUGACCCAGGAGUUCAUCGUGGAUUCGAAUACUCGCGGUCGGGGAACCCUACCAGGAACUGCUUUGAGGCUUGCGUGGCGGCUUUGGAGGGUGCCAAGCAUGGCUUGGCUUCCUCUUCUGGUCUGUCAGCCACUAUGUUAUUGACUCACUUACUUAAGAGUGGGGAACACAUUGUUUGCGUGGAUGAUGUAUAUGGAGACAACUGUUUUCAGGAAUCACAACUUAAAGUUGUAUUGUUAACAGCAAGACACAAUAAAUCUGUUUUAUUUACACUUGCCAAGAGUCUAGGUGGUUUUGAAAGCCUGACAGAAUUACCCUUGGCAAUAAUGACCCAUACAUCAGUUCCUGCAGAUCAAAGGGAAGUAUUAGGAAUAUCAGAAACACUGGUGAAUAUGAUAUCACUCAUGGUCGGCAUGGACAGCAAUAGUUAUUUUGUUUAA